UACAAUUUUAAAUGAAUGUCAUACAAUGCAGAAUAUUUAAUCGGUCAUUAAACUAUUACAGAAAAAUUCUUCAGAAAAACGUUUGGUUGUAAUUUUCUUGUCUCUGUCAAUUGAAUAUACUGAAGUGCAUUUAAUCAUUCCCAAUCAAAGUUAUAGGAUAUUCGUCGAGAAAUAUACUAUCCAAAAGGGCAGUUUUUGAUAUUUCGACCUAAACACUGUUCAAAAUAAUGCGCUGAAAAAUUAACGCACACCCACAACAAGUAUAUCUUAUUCAACCUUACUUAAACUAUGGACAAAAUAAACAUAUUGUUUAUGGUUUUCCUAAACCUUUGUGUUUAUGCAAGAAGUGGAAAGAUACUAAAUUUGAAAAAUAAAGGAAACGAGUAUGGCUACGGUGGAUACGGAGGUGGAUUAUACAACAAAGGUUACGGAGGAUACGGAGGCGGACUUUACAACAAAGAAUACGGAUAUGGAAACAACUACUACAGUGACGAAUCAAAAAAGGAUGUUAAAGAAGACCCCACUUAUAAUUCAUACAACAAAGGCUAUGGCUUCGGUGGAUACGGAGGUGGAUUAUACAACAAAGGGUACGGAGGAUACGGAGGUGGAUUAAACAGCAAAGGGUACGGAUAUGGAAACAACUACUACAGUGACGAAUCAAAAAAGGAUGUUAAAGAAGACCCCACUUUUAAUUCAUACAACAAAGGCUAUGGCUUCGGUGGAUACGGAAGUGGAUUAAACAACAAUGGAUACGGAAGAUACGGAGGUCGAUUAUACAACAAAGGAUACGGAUUUGGAAGUAACUACUACAGUGACGAAUCUAAAACGGCUGUAAAAGAAGAUCCCACUUAUAAUUCAUACAAUAAAGGGUACGGAUUCGGCGGAUACGGUUCUGCUGGAUCAUAUAAAAAUGGUUAUGGAUACGGAAAAUCUUACUUUAUGGACGAAUGAAACAAAAAUAUUUGACAAAUUAUUUUUAAAAUUAUGUGAAUGAUUAAUUUACUAUUGUUCCUUUUUUUUUUUUUUUUUUCACUUGGAUCUUUUGGAACGGGAAGCAGUUUUUACUUUUAUUGUUCAAAAUGAUUUUAUAAAAGAAAC